AUGGACCCCCUCCUCUCUGUCGCAGACGAUGCCAUUGCUCAGUCGCGGACGCCCACGCCCACGCCUACCCCACCCACCCCUCCAGGUCGCCUCUGGGCCAUCGGCGACAUCCACCUCUCCUUCAAAGGCAACCGCGAGGCUCUUGAGAAGCUAGAACCGCGAGCGAACGACGGCCUUAUUCUCUGCGGUGAUGUAGGCGAAAGCGCCGACAACUGCAGACAAGCCUUCGAGAAGGCCACGGCAUGCUUCAGGCGCGUCUUCUGGGUCCCUGGCAACCACGAGCUCUACACACUACCUUCGCAAAAAGACCACGGUCUGCGUGGCGAGAAAAAGUACAUGGAGUGUGUCGCCAUUGCUCGGGAACAUGGCGUCUGGACUCCAGAAGACGAGUUUACGCUAUGGGACGGCGAAGGCGGGCCGGCACUUAUCGCGCCCAUCUUCACGCUGUACGACUACAGCUUCCGGCCCGAGGGAGUGGAUUUGAAGGAUGCGCUGGACUGGGCGAGGGAGAAGGACAUUGAAGCUACGGAUGAGCAUCUUCUGCACCCGGACCCGUAUGCAAGCCGUAUCGAGUGGUGCAAUGCACUUGUUGCGAAAACGGAGAAGAAGCUACAGGCCGCCAUCGCAUCACACCCCGACACGCCCCUCAUCAUCAUCAACCACUGGCCGCUGCGCCAGGAUUUGGUGAAGCUACCUCGCAUACCACGCUUCUCGCUCUGGUGCGGCACUAAGAAGACGGAGGAUUGGCACACCAAAUUCAAUGCGAAGGUCGUUGUCAGCGGGCACCUUCACAUUCGACGUACAGACUGGAUCGACGACACCAGAUUCGAGGAAGUAAGCCUGGGCUACCCACGACAGUGGCAGGAGUGCCAAGAACGAGGGCUCGAUAUCAACGACCUGCUGCGUGAGAUUCUGCCGGGGCCUAUGAUGCCUGAGGGCAAAACAGAGACGGUGUGGAGAAGGUACGGCUAA